AUGAAAGAUUUGCAACAUGGUGGUGUUACUCUGAGGCAGUGGCUGGCGGAGAAGCGAAACGUGAUAAUGUUGGUGGCGUCCCUAACAGCGACAAUGACCUUCCAAGCUGCUAUAAACCCUCCAGGUGGUGUGUGGCAAGAUGACUCAACUGAAAAUUUCCAGGGUAGCCCUGUGCCAUAUCCACACAAGGCAGGGGAUGCUGUUAUGCCUUAUAACCAUCUAAGUGCAUACACAGCUUUCUAUAUAGCCAACUCAUUGAGUUUUGUUAUGUUUCUAUACACAAUCAUCAUGCUCAUCACUGGAUUAGUGUUCAGAAAUAACUAUUUUUCGAGGUUUUUGAACGCAAUUAUGAUUGUGUUCAUGUGCAUGACAAGUACAUCAGUUUUGGUAGUUGCUAUUGUUUCUCUUAAUGCAAUUACUCCAAAGCAGUACAAGAAAUAUAUUAGUCGUCAAACUGGUAAAAUGCUAAUUCUGAUUUCCUGCUUUCUGGUGAUAGCUGUUAUAGCAGUUUUGGCAAGGAUUCUCUUAGUCAUACGUCGCAGACAAAGAAGACGUUCAAGUUCAGAUGAUGUAAACCAUGCCAAUGGAGACCAAGAAGCUCCUUAA